AGGCUGCGACUGACAAAAGCGUCAGUCAGUUCGAUCUAGUCGUCGAGAACAAAAGCAGUGAAAUGUUUCAUACAAUUUUGGUAGUCUUGGCCAUUGCCAGCUUAACUACGGCUUUCCCAGGUGGUUAUGGUUAUGGCGGGGUUGGAAAAAGCGGCUAUGGAGGGGAACCUCUACCUUAUCACUUUGACUACAGCGUCAAAGGCGAUUACAAAGGACCCCAUUUCGGCCAAAAUGAAAAAUCUGACGGCAAAGGCAACGUGUACGGUUCAUAUACCGUAGCUCUCCCUGACGGUAGAAAACAACACGUCGAUUACACAGCUGAUCAUUACAACGGCUACGUGGCUAAAGUCAGCUAUUCCGGAAAGGCUCAACAUCCGGCCUAUUAUGGACCAGCCGUCGUUUUCGAUCAUCACGGAGGUGGAUAUCACUAAAACGCCGAUUUUGUCUCCUAUUUUAAUAAUCUAUUUUAUCAAUAAUGAACUCUCGUUCCGUGACUAAACGUUUUAAUGUAUACAAUUAAUAAAUGCUAAAACAAU